AGCCAUUAAGGCUUGAGGGUUAGGACUCAUUCCAUGCUCCAAUACAUGCCGGGAUUUGGAAGAGUGACUGCUGGCGACAGUGACGAUGGCAGCCCAGUCAACGACUUCGCAGACGAACCCGCCGGGCCGAAUCCCUUGCGUGGCAUUCCCAUGAGCAUACGGCCGCUCUCCCCACGGACAGCGGCGCGCUGCGCCGCGCGCGCGGCGGAAGCGUCCCCGAGCCCCAGCUCGAGCUCAGUUGCGCAAAGCCGCAGCUUGGCAGGCAGCAGCCCUCAGAUGUUUGGCUCGCCACGCUCGGCUUCUCCCACACAACAUUUGACGGCUGAGCGUCUGUACUGGGCCGAAAUCUUCGAGCGCGAGAUUCAAGGUCUCCGCCAGGUACUUGAGGAGAAAACCGAAGGCUGUGUAGCAACUGUGGAGAAGAUGCGGGGAGAAAUCCUCAACAGUGUCCAGGAGGAAGUGGCCUCGGCAACUGACUCGUUUGCUGCUCUUCUCAGCUCGCUGGAGGAGCGUGUUCGCCGCGAACAGCAGGCCAGCUUCCAGGCGGCAAUGGAGGCUGCCAGGCAGGAGUUUUCUCCACAGAGUUCGCCCAGACAUGAUGUACCUGCUCAGCAGCCAGCCACGCCUGAGGCUUCUCUAGAGCGGUCGAAGCUGCGAAAGUUAGAUGGCUUGGUUGAAGAGCUCAGCCUUCGGGUGGACGGGCUGCACGUGAAGCUGGAGGAGCAGCUGACGGCCGCGCUGGCAGAAGAGCGCAAGACGCGGGGCAAGGCGAUCUCGGAUGUAUGCCAGUAUGUUGAGCACUACGUUGCGCUGCAGGAGACGGAUGCGAAAACCGAGAAGUGGCGGACGGACAAUGCCGUCGCAGGUCUCGAAGACCGCGUCCAGGUCUUGGAAACGGCCCUGGGGAACUACCUCUUUCCUGCCAGCUCGGCGGCCCCCGCCGCUGUCUCAGCCUUAAAUGCAAGGAGCGACCUGCGGUCCAGCACGGGAGCGCCAGGCUCUGACAAGCACUUCCCUUCCAGCACCGGAAGGUCGUCAGAAUCGACAUCGCCUCGCACAUGGCCGAAUUUCAGGCAUGAUGCCGGCCAACGAGAUCCCAGAGAGUCGCAGCCUUCUUCCUCGGGGGUUGGAUUGCCGCUGUUUUCGGAAGAAAUGAAGGAGAGCCUGAAGCACAUUGUGCGGAAGGUCGGGAACACGAUGUCCACCGAGAGAAACGGCGGCAGUGCCAGUCUACCUUCGGCUGGUGCUGCUGCGGCGGAGACUCCAUACCGGCCAGAAGGGGGAACUGAGCCGCCUAUGUGGCAUGCUCCAGACGGAACGCGUCAAUGAAGAUCUGGAAA